CUACACAGACAGGUGGGGGGCAGCCUGAGGGGCUGGGUGUCUCGCCCCCACCCACCACACAGACAGGUGGGAGGGCAGCCUGAGGGGCUGGGUGCCUCGCGUACCUCCUUUGCAUUCCCCCUUAGCAGGGAGAGAUGGGGGGCAGCCUGGGGCUGGGGACGUCUCACCCCUUUUUCCACACAUACACGAGUGAGGAGGAGAGCAAGGGCAUCAGGUGAAGAUUUUUUUCCUGCCCUCGUUGGGGAUGAAGAAAACACAAAUCCAUUUCAGUGGAUGGACUGAAUUCUUCCCUGGAAGGGGAGGUGGCAUGUCUGCUUGUCUGAGACCAUAAGGUUCCUAGAUGUCAGGAUGGCAGCGUCAAACCUGGAGAAUCAGUUGCACAGUGCCCAGAAGAAUCUGUUGUUUCUCCAGCGGGAACAUGCCAACACACUCAAAGGUUUGCAUGCUGAGAUUCGACGACUGCAACAGCAUUGCACAGAUUUGACCUAUGAGCUGACUCUGAAAAGUUCAGACCUGGCAGAAAAUGGUAAUUCAAGAAGUGAUGAACUCAAAAGAAAAUGUGAAGCACUUGAAGCUCAGCUGAAAGUCAAAGAGGCUGAAAAUAAUGAAUUAUUAAAGGAACUGGAACAAAAAACUGCAAUGAUAAUGGUGCUGGAAAACACCAUCAAAGAAAGAGAAAAGAAGUAUUUAGAAGAGUUAAAAAUGAAAAGCCAUAAGCUAAAUAUGCUAUCAAGUGAACUAGAGCAGCGAGCAAGCACUAUUGCAUAUCUAACUUCACAACUCCAUGCUACCAAGAAAAAGCUUAUGAGUUCAAGCGGGACUUCUGAUGCCACCCCAUCUGGAAGUCCAGUAUUGUCCAACUACAAGCCAGCUCCUCCCAAAGAUAAGCUACCUGAGACUCCCCGACGCAGAAUGAAAAAGAGUCUGUCAACACCACUAAACCCGGAGUUUGAAGAGGCCUAUAGAUUAGGAUCGGAUAGUCGAAAGCUGCUGUUGCGAGAGCCUGUUGAUGCUAUGCCUGAUCCCACUCCAUUUUUAUUGGCCAGGGAAACUGCAGAGAUCCACCUGUUCAAAGAAAGGCCUUUAGUUAUUCCACCCAUUGCUUCAGAACGCACAUCAGGCGAAUCUCACAGUCCGGCAAAAGAGAAGCAGCACAAGGCGCAUAUUGGUGUGGCACAUCGAAUUCACCAUGUAACAAAAACCCAGCCUCAGCCUGAGGUUGAAACAUUAGCAGUGGAUCAGGUCAAUGGAAGUAAAGUGGUCCGAAAGCAUUCAGGGACAGACAGAACUGUUUAAGUGAAAUGAUUGAUGUGUGAUGCUCUAUUAUUCUGUUGCUGUUUAUGCACUGUGAUCAAAUAGGAUAAAUCUCAUCUGCAGUAAAGUUUCUUUUAAUGCCCCAUGCAUGCCAAAUUUUUUCCAGAUCUGUCAUUAAUAAUUAUCCUACUUCAGUGAAACACAAAUGAGACUGUUCAUAUUGCAAAGUAUAUAAUUACUAAAUGCUGUGGCCAAAUCUAGGUGUACCUGACUGCUUGCUUCUAAGUACUACUCCAUUUACUAUAACUGCGUAUGUGGACAAAAGCACAGGCUACAGUCUGCAUUAUUAAUCAACAUUAAUGAAAAAAGAUACUAAUUAUAAACCUCCAGCAAUAUGUAUUGGCUGUUAAUGUUUAAAAUGUCAAUGUUCCUUUGAAGUCUUGAUGGUGUGUAUGUAGCAUUUCAUACACAGACUCUAACUUUAUGACAAAGCCUUUCUUAUGGCAGCAUUGAAAAUAAUGCAGAUGUGUUAAGAGAACCUAUGAGAGAACUUUUUUCAGGUGGUCCUGAUCAAACUGUGUUCAUAUUUUUGUUACAUUUCUCUCCACUAUUACAAAAUUUACCAACAAACUUUAUUUUAUUAAUCCUGUAUUUUGAUUUGUGUCCUCUUCUUCAUUCUUUUUAACAGUUUCAAAUGGUCAUAAUAUAUAACUGACUCUGGUGGGAGUGUAAGAAAGGAAACACCACUUGAAAAACUAUUGUGUAAGUCUUCAUGGAGAGAGUAUGAACACUGUCCUAAUGGAAAGCAGGCUCCUGUUUUGGAGUUUAGAAAUUGAAUGGUUAAUAUUAAUCUUACACUAAUUAAUACUUUGCACUAUGGUGCCUUUUGUACAAGGCUCUGAAAACGCCUUACUAAGGUGUAAAAAUAAUACACUGCACAAAAAGUGCACUAUUGAAAUGUUUGUUUUUAUACUUAGCCUGUAUACUGUAUACAACAGCAUAAAAACCAUCAGACCUAACCCAUGAUUUAUUUGUUUUUGUUUUAAGUUUGAAAGAACUUUAUGGAGACACCAGGCUCACUCUGUUCUGAGGCACACUCACGGAAGGAUGCAAAACCCAAAUGGUAUUUUUAGAGUUAUCUGAGAAUGUUAACCUUGGGAGCCCUUCAUCCCAUUCUCAAUGUUUCAAAUGGUUUGGAGAAUUCCAUUACUAAAAGUGUCACUUAUUAGCAAAGUACAAAUAUUCUGUUGGGUUUUUUUUAGAGGAUGGGGAUCUACGGUUCAAAGGAAAAAUUAGUUACUAAACUGUGAGACAAAAAAAGGGAAUGUUUUCCUUUCUAACUCCCAAUUUUAAAAACUGUUUUGGUUUAGUGAUCUCUAGUAGCAAAUAAACAAAUAUUUAAGUAGUUUAUCCUCAACCCCCUCAUUCCAGAUGUUUGGAAGAUGGCCCUAGUUUGCAGUUCUGUAGCACACUUCAGCCAUAGAUCUCAAGGUACUUUACAGCAGUGGAUAAAUCUCAUACUCAUUUUAACCUGUGUCUUGAAAUGACUUACCCAAGCGACCACAGGAAAUCAGUACUACAGAACCUGCCUUUCCUCAGGACAUUGUCAUGCUGGUACUCAAAGGAUGGGAGGAACAGUGUUGUCUUUGACUUGUCCUGUGUGACUCCUAUGUUCUCAACAAUACUUCAUCUCUCCCAGUAACAUACCAGCUGCUUGCCCAACACACACACACACACACACACACACACACACACACACACACACACAAAUGCAGAUUUUGUGAAAGCAUAUUCCCUUAACUCCUAAGUUUCUGGGAGUUAGCCUCAACACUCAUUCUUGCUGUGGUAUGAGUCUGCUGUCUGAUAAAGCACAACAAAUAGAACUGAGCAAAUGACUACUCCAAAAUGCUGGUAGGUCUAUAAUGUGCCUUUACCAAUUCAAAAUACAAUACUUGUUAAAGCUAAUAAAAGAAACCUCUUCUUAGGAGAGGUUGGAAGUAAGUACUUAUCCUUUAGACUAAGGACAUUAUAGAUCAGCCAGUGCUCUGGAAAGUAAUCCAACUUCCCAUGCCUGAGUCUAAAGAUGAGAUGCCUGAGUCUAAAGUAAGGUGCAAGAUUGAAUCUACAAUGAUAUCAAAACCAGUCUGUGGCAUGACUGAACAACACACCUCUUUGCUCUCUGAGCAUGGAAAGAAUCUCUUCUAAAGGAAGACAGUAGCAGGGGGAAGUGAAAAAAGUUUCUUAUUAUACCAAUCUAUGACAGUAUUUAUGUGUGAAAUUAUUUUGUUUUAAGAACUCUCCAGCCUAAAAGGCUAAAACCUUUAUUUUUCAAAAGUAUAGAAAAAGUUAGAUACAAAUUGACAUAAAUGGCUAAAAUUCUUUAAAUGU